AUGGUGAUCACGGUUAGCGCGAUCUCAGGUGUGUUGGACUCCCUCCCGAAGAAGCUCCAGCAGCUAGAGCAGCAGUCGUUCGCCCUCUCUGGCCUCGACCAUCAGUCCAUCGGUCGCCUCAAGGACGAGGUAGAGCUCAUCCGCGGUGCAUUUGAGCAGUACUCGACCCUCGAGAACCCUACGGAGUUCACGAGGCAGUGGGCGCAGAAGGUCAGAGAGGUGGCCUUCGGCAUAGAGGAAUCCAUCGACCGAUACAUCAACGGAGUGGGUGAUGCGGGCAACAACGUCGCCUCCGGUGGUAUCGCUGGUACCCUGUCACGUCUCGCCGGCAACUUGGUUGGCAAGAUUAAGCUGGGCCCUGCUCAUCGCAGGAGCAUCUCUGACGAGCUCAAGCUCCAACAGGAACGCCUACAUGUGCAGUUCCUGGAGAAGCCAACCAUCAUGGGGACCACCACGGCGCAGCCCGAUUUGUAUUCACCGCGGACAACGGCGACCAACACAGAUCUCCAGCUUGCCAGCAGGCCCCCAUUGGUUGGCAUGGAUGAUGCAAGAAAGGACGUGACCGCAAUGGUGCUGGACGGGGACUCUGCAGCGGGUAUUAAGGUGAUCUCCAUCGUCGGCAUGCCCGGCGCAGGGAAGACGACUCUUGCCAAGGAGGUCUACUGUGAGAUCAGAGAACACUUCCAACACCGGGCUUUUGUCUCUGUGGGACGGAGUCCCGAUGCUUUGUGUAAGAUUCUUCAGGGUCUACUAUCCGAUGUUGCAGACGGAAACUACAGGGUACUGUACCAGGACGCGAUCAACAUGGAUGAACUCAAACUGAAAGCUAUCAUCAGAGACAGACUGCAGCAUAAGAGGUAUUUAUUUGUACUUGAUGAUUUAUGGAGUACGGAAGCAUGGCAAGAAGUAUGGUCCUGUUUCCCGAAGAACAACCUUGGGAGCAGAAUAGUGACGACAACAAGAAUUGAGGGUGUUGCAAAGGCUUGCUGUUCCAGUCACAGUGACUGUGUUUUCAGGAUUCCUCUUCUUAAUGAAAGUGAUUCAGAAACACUAUUCUAUGGAAUGACUUUUGGCUCCAAGAACGAUUGCCCUCCAGGUCUGAGAGAUGCUUCCAUGCAUAUUUUGAGAAAAUGCAAUGGCUUGCCCCUAGCCAUUGUUAAUAUUGCCGCAGCCUUGAACAAGACAUCCCCAGCUUCUGCACUGAAGGAUUUUGAAAUGAACUCACAACCCAACAAGUCGACCAUAUUCCCAGAGAAGCGCGAGAUCAGAAGGCAGCGAUUGAUAAGGCGAUGGAUUGCAGAAGGAUUUAUUGAUGAAGAGCAUGGGGUAGACAAGGAAGAAACAGCCAAGAAUUACUUCGAUGAGCUUAUCAACAGGAAUCUGAUCCAGCCAGUGCAAGUAGACUAUGAUGGCAACGCAAGGAGUUGCAGAGUUCACCCAGUAAUGCUCGAUUUCAUUGUGUGCAAGUCCAUGGAAGAGAACUUUGUGACUCUGGUACAUCCUGGUGCUGGUGGACGACGACAAGAUGAUCACACACCCAGUAGCAACAGCGCCAUUCGCUGGCUAUCCGUGCAGUGCAAAGCUAAUAAUGAGGAGGAUCAAGGGCAUGGCACGGCAGCACAGACGAAGGGAUCCGCGGGCCUAUCACAUACCCGGUCACUCAGUGUAUUCGGUGAAGUUGGUGCCAUGCCCCAGCUUAAAAAGAUGGAGAUGCUGCGUGUUCUGGACCUGGAAGACUGUCAGGGUUCACUGGACCCAUCCAUUGACGUGCUCCCCAUGUUGUUUCUGCUGAGAUACUUGAGCCUCAGGGGCACUGAUGUCAGUAGGCUCCCAGCGAAAAUUGGUUCGCUUCGUCACUUAGAAACGAUUGACAUAAGAUCCACAAGGAUACAAGAGUUGCCUCCGAGUAUCGUCGACCUGCACAACCUAGUGCACUUGCUUGCCGGGAUGAUCUCAUUGCCUCGUGGGGUGGGGAAGCUGACGGCGCUUCGGACUCUGUCGUUUGCUGAUAUCAUGAAGAGCACUGCCAGUGCCGUGCAGGAGCUUGCUGAUCUCACAAACCUGAUGGAGCUCGCCAUCUUUUGCUCCCAAGAAUACAAAGUUAAUAACCUGCUCACCGUCCUCCAGAAACUCGCAGGUCACCGACUCCGUUCUCUGAUUGUUGCCAGCAGCAGUGGUUGCUGGAUGGAGUCAUUGCACUCCUUGCCUACUCCUCCACGGUAUUCGCUUCAACGGUUCAAGAUAGACGGACUCAACGACGCCAUCCCAAAGUUGGUUGCGAGCAGCUGUGUUAACCUCGUCGAGAUGGACAUCAACUUCCAGGAACUUAGCGCAGAAGGCCUCAGUGUCCUCGAAAGCAUAGACAGCCUACUGCGGCUCUGUUUACGUAUCGUCUCCGUGGAACAAGAGCAACUUACCUUCCGCGGGUUCCCAGGCCUCAAGGAGCUGUGCUUCCGGUGCAGAAAUUUGCCAUCGUUAAGCUUCAGCGCUGGUUCCUUGCCAAUGCUCCAACAGCUCGAGCUAAACUUCCAGGAGUGCUCUUCGUCUUCGUCACAAGAACCGACUGUGUCUGGGGUCGAGUAUUUGCCAAGCCUGAUGCAGGCUGUCGUCGCCUUCCCUCGCGAGGAUGUAGGCACCAAGGUUGUAGCUGAUGUCAGGAAAGCUGCACUGGUGCACCCUAAACAUCCCCAUGUUGUUGUGAAAACCGGCAAGGAAGUUUCUUCAGUAGGCGAUACUGAAUUCGAAGAGCUCCAUCGAUUAUCAUCCCAUACGUUCGUUGUGCCACAAGGGGAGAAGAAGAGCAACACAGACUCACUUCAUGAGAACCUGCUGAGAAUGCAAAUUAUGUCCAUUAUUUCUUGGUUUUCAAAUGCACAAAAGAGCAAUGCAGGCCAAAGCGGUCUCCUUUUUGGCCUUCUUUGUGUGCUCCUUGUUCUUGAGUAUCUUCGGGUGCUAAGACCAGAGUCGAACCGGUUCAAAGGUAUAGGUAUCUACGUGGACACCGGUGUUUCUGUGAUCAUAGCAUAUGUAUUGCUGAUUCUGAUCAACUUCCAGUAUUACAUCCUUGUUCCCUUCCCUAUUUGUUUGCUUGGCUUCAUCGCUUAUCUUUGGAAAAAGAUCCUGGUGAAGGGCAAAUUGCAGCAACAAUGCAAAAGAUCAGAGGAUACAAAGAAUUCUGAAGAGCUCGAAGCAGCACAAGGGUGUCUGAGUAUAACAAAGGAUGACUUGGAACAAGAUAGAAAGAAAAUUGAGGACCUUUUGAGUACAGCAUUAGUACCGUAUUUUGUACUAUUAAUCAGUGCACUAUAUGGGGACGGUAGCCCUGUUCUGUCUCACUUUCUGCUCUUCUCAUGUUGCGCGCUAGGGAUGCUAGCACUGAUGUAUUCCAGAUUGGCCGAUGAUGUCAGUCCUGGCUUAACACGCCCUCUGAGAUGGAUCCAAAUGGUAUACAUGGUGAUGAUGUUCAUAACAGUACACACGAUGGCAGGAGAAUGGCUGGGAGAGGUCGUGGCAUUGGUCUGCAUCCCUGAGCUGAUUGCAGGGCUUGUCUGGUUUUCUACUUUUCUCCACGGUGGAAGUUCUUAUAGAGCAGCAGCAGGCAAAGUUGCCACAGAUAACGAUGGCUUCUUGUUCAUUCCCCUGGGAGCUGGUUUGGCAAGCUUAACUUCCACUUAUGGAUAUGAAGGGGAUUUCCUGGGAUCCUGGUACACGGAGGCAAUGGUUUCCUGCGCCGUUGCAGGGUGUAUGCUAUAUCUCAGCCUGUGGAUGAUAUCGAGGUGGCCAGGGAGCAUACCUGGCUCAGACAAGGCGACUCAACUGCUCAAGUUUCCUGCAAAUAUUUGCUUGACUGGAGCAUGCCUGAUGCUGUUUGCUUUGUUUGCUCAGAAGACACUGGCUCAUGGUUUAUUUGGUUUGGAUGACCAUAUUAAUCCUGGUUUGCUCAAAUAUCUUCCUGGUAUUUACUUCAGUACAGCAGUAGCAUGGCUGGUAGCCUUUUAUGUGAAGCGUCGUGCUGCACGUUGA